GUGUGUUAGAGGGCAGACAGUCAGCAGGACCAGAGUCCCAGCGGCAGUUUAGGAGAGUCUAAGCGUGGAAAUCAGCGUCCAAUACGGGAGAACUCAGAAGAGGGAUCCGCGAUGAGUUGGGGAACGGAACUCUGGGACCAGUUUGAUAAUCUGGACAAACACACCCAGUGGGGCACCGACUUUAUUGAGCGCUAUGCAAAGUUUGUCAAGGAGAGGCUGGACAUAGAGCAAACCUAUGCAAAGCAGCUAAGGAACUUGGUGAAGAAAUACUGUCCUAAACGCUCUAAAGAAGAGGAGCCAAGGUUCACAUCCUGUCUGUCUUUCUACUCCGUACUGAAUGAACUCAAUGACUACGCCGGUCAGAGGGAGGUGGUGGCCGAGGAGAUGGCUCACAAGGUGUACGGAGAGCUGAUGAGGUACAGCCAAGACUUCAAAGCUGAGAGGAAGCACCAUCUACAGGAGGGCAGGAAGGCUCAGCAGCAUUUGGAUCAUUGCUGGAAACAGAUGGACAAUAGUAAAAGGAAGUUUGAGAGAGAGUGUAAAGAAGCAGAGAAAUCCCAGAUUACCUAUGAUCGGUUAGAUAACGACAUCAACGCCACCAAAUCGGAGGUGGAGAAGGCCAAAGCCCAGUUCUACCUGCGCACCCACAUGGCCGACGAGAGUAAGAACGAGUACGCCGCUCAGCUACAGAACUUCAACGGAGAGCAGUGGAAACAUUUCAACAACGCAAUACCACACAUCUUUAAGAAUCUGCAGGACAUGGACGAACGUCGGACGGUAAAACUUGGUGAGACGUACCGGAGCUUUGCCGAGGCGGAGCGCAGAGUCAUUCCCAUCGUCUCCAAAUGUUUAGAAGGAAUGGUUUCUGCUGCCAAAGCUGUCGAUAGCCGAAGGGAUUCAUUAAUUGUCGUGGAGUCGUUUAAAUCAGGCUUCGACCCUCCAGGCGACUUCCCCUUUGAAGACUUCAGUCAGAAUCUAAACAGGUCAGGUUCAGAUGGGACCAUAAGCAGCACACCCAAAGGAGAGAGAGAAAGAGAGGCCCCGGGGCCACGGUCUGACCCUAAACCCCCCGUGAGCAGAACCAAGAACAAGCUGUGGCUGUUUGGGAAGAAACCAAAGUCCCCUACCUCCUCUCCCCCUCUACCACCUUCGUCCUCCCGUCCCCGGUCCAACGUCCACAUUUUUCCUCCAACCCGGUAUCUGUCUGAUAUAAAGACUACAGUACCCAGAAAGCCCCAGAAUUUGAAAGGCCUGAGAAGAGGGGCUCCAUCUCUGGAGGAUUACAGCCACUUACCGCCCGAGCAGAGGAGGAAGAGGCUGCAGCAGAGGAUCGACGAACUCGGCAAAGAGCUCCAGAAAGAGAUCGAUCAGAGAGAUGCCCUGAACAAGAUGAAGGAUGUGUAUGAGAAGAAUCCACAGAUGGGAGACCCCAGCAGCCUGCAGCCCAAAAUAUCAGAGACCAUAUGUAACAUGGAGAAGCUGCGUUCAGAAAUCCACAAAAACGAGACUUGGUUAUCGGAGGUGGAGGGUAAGCAGAGCUCCAGAGGAGACAGACGACACAGCGCCGACAACCACCAUCACACUCCUCAAGGCAGAGAGAGUCCCGAGGGCAGUUACACAGACGACACCAGUCAGGAGCAUCAGACGCCUCAAAAGCGCACCACACCUCCAAAGCCCGGGCAACCCAACCCGGACCCGCACGAGUUUGAUGACGAAUUUGAUGAUGACGACCCACUGCCCGUCAUCGGACACUGCAAAGCGCUCUACUCCUUCGAUGGUCAGAACGAGGGGACACUGGUGAUGGCAGAAGACGAGGUGUUGUACAUCAUCGAGGAGGACAAAGGUGAUGGAUGGACGAGGGCGAGGAAGCAGAGCGGCGAGGAGGGCUACGUCCCAACGUCCUACGUAGAAAUCACCAUGGAGAAAAACAGCAAAGGUGCUGUCACCUACAUCUGAAGCUAACACUGUGUUCUCACCCUGUCUGUCUUCCUCUCCAUCCUCCCCGCUCUCUCUUUCCCAAAAUAACACUACAAAAAAAGGAAACAAAGACAGCAUCUCAACACCUGCAUGGACAGUCAUCUGUUUUCUGAUUCCCAUCUCAUCUCUCUACCCUCCUGUUCAUCCCUCUAACUGUAAUCAUUCAUCCUCCUGUCAUAUCUGUCGGACUGGUGUUUCGGAGGUGAGUGAAAGAGAACAGAGACAAAUAGGAAAACCCUUUUUUAAUGGUGUGUGAGUUAUUUCUGUUUGUAUAUGAGGCAUUUCUGUGUGUGUGUGUGUGUGUGUGUUGAGGCUACACCUCUUCCUGUCGAUCAAAGUGUUUAAGUUGUAUGUAAUAUAUUAGAAAUAAUCUAUUUUUAAUUAUUUUUAAUGUUUUUUUUUUUUAAAUGGAGACUUUAAAAACUGAUUUUAAGCUGUGUAGAAAUUAUUGGAAGAUUUAAUCUGUUAUUUCUGUCUGACUGCAGUGUGUGUGUAUGUGUGUGUACAUGCACUUUUUUUUUUUUUUAUAUUCCCUGUGCCAUCACACUAAAGCGCAAAUUACAAUUAGAGAGGUUUGUCUGGUUUCAUCCCUGGUAGUGUUGUAUCAUACCUUGACAGGGGUUUGUCUGAUUUAGUCUUAUUGUCAACAAUCCGGUCUAAACCAACAAUGUUGUAUACAUCUUUCAAAAACAGGUCUCAGAUAUAUAGUUCCAUUUAUUUUAAAAAGCCUUAACACUCACUUAAACAGGUGGUCACUGUAGUUCUCAGUCAACAUUUAUAAGUAGAAAAUACAUAUAUCACCAGCCACAUUCUUGGAUUCUAUACUUCUAAAGUUUAAAAUGAUGCAGUGAAAAUGGGUCUGAAGUUUAAUGACAUUUGAAGGGUUAAUGCAGUCAACACAGUGAAUACAAAUGUUGGAAAAUGACUGGUAAAAUGUGGUUGAAGGGGAGGCUGCCGAAUGUGUAAACACAAUCUUCUGUUCCUCCUUUUUUCCUGUAUUCCACUCUGUGAAUCAGUUCUAUUAUUUGUUUUUCUUUGUUUUCUCUUUUUUUCGAAACAGUCUCUGUGUAUGAUCAUUUACAUCCUGGUAAAAAAAAUCACACUUCCUUCUCAUACCUCAAUUUUAUUGUGUGUGUGUGAGAGCUAACUGCAGCACCUUAUGUUGUAGUAACUCCCUCUCUUCUCUAUGUGACUGCAGGUUCCUGAGGGCUGCAGGGUGGCCGGGCGAUUUGAUUGGCUGGUGGAGGGCUCACGCUGAUUGCUGAUUAUUGGUGGUGGGGGUGACACAAGAAAAGAGAGAGGUAGAGAGGGAAAGAGAUUAAAGAAAGACAGGUUGCAUGUCUGCAUGCUCACAUAUCCAUUACCAGCACAAGCAUGCUGGGUUACUAGAGGCUGUAAUGGCUAUCCUCCAUUACAUCGGGGGGAAACCAAACUGAUGUACUGCUCGCUGAGGGUUCAACACUUAAGUAUGUUUCACCUUUAUUUAACUUUUGACAGCAAAUAUAAAUCAACAUCUGCUGUGACCUCACUAGUUGUGUAGAGUAAAACUACAUGCCUAAUUGAAAUAUUGAGUUCACAGAAAUCAGUAUAGCACCAGGUCUUCCUCUGAUUGGUUGUGGAUUUAUACUUUAAUGACAAGAGGAACAUUUCCAUACCUCAUUAAUUCACUGUCUGCUCUGUGGCCUAACAAGAUAGCCCUUUUAUUAAUUAAAUUAGGUCUCCUCUUUAGGUGCUUGUCAAAGUUUGAACAGGGCAACUUUGUUUCCAAAGAAUGGACCCAUAACCUCAAAGUAGCUUUACGCUGUCUCAUAUUGCAAUUCUAAAAAUGUCCCACUUAACACUUAUUCUGAAAUGUAUUUGUAAAAUAAUCGUAUAUUGCCUUACUAUAUUCUCUGAAUCAGACAAACUUUUCCCAAAACUUUUGGUCCAGCUACUCAAGAGAGGGUAUCAGUAGAUUCUAAACUCUCAGGGUUUGUCAAAUUUUCUAGGGUCAGUUAUGCUUACAGUAUUUCCUACCACUAACAAUGUCAGUUCUGCACUCAUCCCUGUUGUCAUCAUCUGUGCUCUGUUGGUGAUGUCUGCCUGCCUGCCCGCCUUAGCCACUCUGCUCCUCAUGCCUGCCCUCAUCCUCAUACAACCGCAUGUCCUUAACAUGUCCCAAUCAUGAUCACACGUUUCAUGUGUGACUUUAACUGCAACUUGACAAGUGUGUGUAACUUUGGAUGUGGGUUGUGUGUUGAAUGCUGCGUCAUCUUGGUGUAUUUUAAUGUCCAGCAUGAGUAUGAUUUGUUUUGUGCAUUUCAACGUAAAUAACUUACUCAUUAGACAGAUAGCAGGCCGAUCAGGUGAAAACAGGACCUCUGAACCACUCUCUUUCCUUUCCCACCUUUCCUCUCCUGUUCUUCCUGGGUUGUACUACCCCCAUUUGACCAGCGAUGGGAACCUUUGCUCAUAAAACCAUGGCUCAGCUUAAGUUGAACUGGACCACUUUAAACAACACCAAACACAGAUGAGCUCCAUUAUUUUUGCCGUCAGACUCUGCCUUAAAACUCCAUAUUGUUUUACUGUGGAAGGAUUUUUCAAUACGUCUGGAUGUGUCCACUCUUCUGCCUGACUACAUCUCCCAUCAGCCACCUGGUCUCAGCCUUAGAUCCUCGGGGACUCUCAACUGCAUCUCCAUUAACAAAAAUGUUUUUCCCAUCUUUAUCGGUUGAAUUUGUGAAUGUGACCACAGAUGCACACAUGUACCAAUGAUAUGUAAGCACAUCUAUGGAAGGCCAAAUGGGCCAAAAACACAUGUUGAAUAUUGGCACGUUUGGCUUUCCACACUUCUUAAUAGGUAAGUGUGUCUACAUGUGCCUGCGUUACAUGUGUGAUGUUAGUUUUUACCAUUGAAUGAAUUGUAAAUAUUAACAUCUUUUACGUCAUGCUGAAUGUGUUUCCAUAGUGAUUGUUUUUAGGUUUGUUUGACACUCUUCGAGAAACAACAAGGUUUGAAUUGAACUGAUGCACUUUGCCCUGAAGUACUACAGCAUUUGAAUCUGAUUAAAUGAAUUAAAGUGAGUGAAUGAAUAAGUGAAUGAAUGAAGGUCUGUUUUGUCUGCUGAGAGGCGUUAGCUUAAUGAAUGACCACUGUGUAGCAGCGAGAAACAAAAACAGCUGUACUAAUUUCCUCUUCCUGAUGGUUUUUAUACUCUUUUUGUAACUCUUGAUGAGCAAUUUUUUUGCAUGAUUUUUCUAGAUUCUUUACAUUCAUUCUUCGUGUCUUUGGUGAUUGUUUUAACCAUUCACUGUAUCUCAACAAAACACAUUUGAAGUUUGACUUUUCUGUUGAUGCUAUUUAAGACAAAAAUGCCACUAAUAAUUCAGCUGCUUUGUGGGUCUGAACAGCAGGAGGCUCAGUCGUGGUCAGUGUUUCUUCUAUGAAGCUGUGAAAUGUACAGAAUGAUGCUGUCGGUGUUACUUGAACUUCAGUCACAGUUCUCCAAAUUUGCUCUCAUAUGACCGUUUUGCAUCGGAUAAAAACAAUAGAAGAUAUCACUGACGGCUCGAUUAGCUUUCCACUUCACAGGGCGUUUUUACCAUUUGAACAGAGCCAGGCUAGCUGUUUCCCUCUUCUCACAGUCUUAAUGCUAAACUAAGCUAACAGGCUGCUAGCUGAAGCUUCUGAUUUACUGUACAGGUUGGAAAGUGGUGUAGAUCUUUUCAUCUAACUCUACACGAUACAAAUCCUUUUCCAACAGAUUGUUUUUAGUAUACCUUCUGUACUCAAUAAUUUAGCCUGGGGACGCAAAAUGGCGCAAUAAAAAUAACCCAUUCCUUCAGUUUUGUUUUUAGAAUGAUGCCUUGUAAACACAUGCAUCGAUCUAUCAGUGCUUUUAAUGUUGUGUGUACACAUCUGUCGUCAUGGUUGGUUCCAUCUGCUAGCCUGCUUGCUUUUUUAAAAAUUAGAUAACUACUUGUUUUUUGCCUUUAAAAAAAAACAGUGAAAUAAGAUGCGUGCAGUAAAGUGUUGCAUAUUAGAUUUUGUGGCAAUACAGUCAUAACGUCAAAUCACAUUUCUAUUGUUAAGCAGUUGGGGGUGUAAAUAGUUAUUUUUCAAUUUUGAGUUCCUAUUUUUAAUUAAGUCUAUAAAUUGUAAAAUAAAAUCAUGAAUAAUACCUAUCAAUAGUUUUAACUGCCCAACGCGAUGUCUUCCAUUGUUGGUUUUGUUCAACAAACUGUCCAAAACCCAAAGAUAUUCAAUUAACAAUAAUGUAAUCAAUAGAAGAGCAUUUGAGAGUUUUUGUUUGCUAAAUGACUUGGAAAAAAACAAAUCACAUCAGUUUGAGCACUACAUCCAGUACCUUGCUUGUAAUUGAAAACUGUUUUGCUGUGGAGAAGAUAAUCCUCUGACGUAAUGUAAAGAUAGAGGCAGUGAUAAACAGAACAGUCACCUCUUUUUCCGGCUGAAUUUGUGCUGUUGCUGCCGUGAUGAUGCUUUUAGGACAUUUGUACUAACUCUUAAACAGACAGUACACUCCAAAUGUUUAUCAUCUUCAUUUUCAGACAUUUGGCGUGUACAGUCCCUUUGAUCAAAGAAUACAUGAUGUCAGUAGAAACGCAGCACCUUUGCAAUCAGUCAAACUCACUAAACAUGUUCUUUUUGGACAUUGAAUAUACAUAUAAAAACUGUGAGCUCAGUAUAUGUUAAUAGCCACUUUGCUGUAAUUCUGAAUAUUAUGCAAAAAUACAUAACAGAGCAGCUUUAACACAGUUCUUGUAAUGUUUCUUUACUGAAACCUGCCAAGCUACUGUGAGCGGGGUGCCGUUUACCACCCAGAAAAAAAAAAACACUUCGACAUUCCUCUUGUUUUUCAACGCCAAUCAUGUUUGUCUUGUGGAAGCUUUGUACAGACUCUCAGCUUUUUAACUCACUAUAAAACUUUUUUUUUUAUCAUCAACAGCAAAUAGAACAGCAGCCGGUACAUGGUGAUUCUGAAUGAUGUUAACAUCAAUGUAAAUGUGUUUUUACCAUGUUGUAUAUGUUGUAAUAACCAAUGGCAGUACUUCCCUUUCCAUAUUGUUGUGCACAUCUUUUUACUUUGAAUGUUGUCGGACACUUUGUGACACUUUGUUUUUCUUCUUCCAAGAUAUUGUUCUAAUAAAAUAAGCAGCAAUGGAAA